AUGGGCAAGAAGAAUACACCUGAGUAUACAGUGCAGGAAAAAACUGGCCACCCAAGAUCUGGACGACGGCGAGAGCGUGGUGUCGGCGACCGUCAACAACAACUACGACAAGCAGUGGAAGACGACGACCCCGUCCUUCCAAGCAGACGCCCCCAGGUUCAUGGCUCCGGGGAACGCCACCGCCGCCGCGCCCCUCCUGUGCCAGUCCCUCGAGGGCGUGCGCGGGAGCCCCCCUCCCAGCAGCAGCAGACCUUCGCCCCCGGCCAGCGCCUCGGCAAGCAGACCGUCGGGGGCGGGUGGGUGCGGCCCUUAGGCUACGCGGAGAAGUUCAUGACGGCCGCCCAUGGAUACGGCUGCAUGACGACGGUGUACUCGCUGUGGCUGGACUCCCGGACGCCCCUGAGCCUUGAUGUUAUCAAAUAUGCGGCGACUAUUAUGUACAGGAAGAUGCCGAACCUGCGCAUGGAGAUGGCGGAGCGCGACGGCCGCCUCUGGUGGAGGGAGAUGGCGCGGGAGGUCGUCAACGUGGAGGAGCUGGAGACCCGGGACGUGGAGGGCGCCGUGGAGACCUUGCUCAAGCGGCGCUACGACGUCAAGGCGGGGCCCCUGUGGUUCACGCGGUUCAUCAGGCUCAGCCCGCAGGAGCAGGGCGUGAGGGACGACAACCACAACUUGAAGUACAAGUACGCGUGUCUCUUCGGCUUCCACCACAACGUGAGCGACGGGACGACCAACAUGAAGUUCUGCAAGGUGUUCCUGAAGGUGCUGAACGACCUGGUGCAGGGCAAGGAGAUCGACAUGUGUCAGGAGGGCACCUUCGCUCCCCCGCUGCAGGACCGCCUGGCCGACCGCAUCGGCGCCUACUUUCUGUUCGUCUACAUGUUCCUGCGGCGCCUGUACACGUGCAUCCUCACCUUCGGCAUCCCGUCAGGAACUUCACCAGCCGCUUCCGCAUGCCCGCGCACAACGAGGCGGCCACGCGCAUGAUCCACCACGAGCUCGACGAGGACGCCACGCGCAAGCUGCUCCGCCGCUGCAAGAUGGAGGGCGUGACGCUCAACUCCGCCUUCACCGCCGCCGCCAACCUCACCAUGUACAAGAUGAUGGCGCAGAAGGGCGGGCGGC